AUGACGAGAACUUUCGUAUUCGCCAUAUGGUUUCUAGUAAACAAUAUUUAUCAAUGGUGCUCAUGUGUUUUUAUAUGUCCAACAAAUAAUGGCUUUUAUCCAAAUAACAAUGAUCAACAUUCGUUUUAUUCCUGUUCAAAUGAUAUUCCCUACCUUAUUCAAUGUCCUUCAAAUUUAGUAUGGCAUCAAGAAAAACUUCAGUGUGAUUGGAUUGACGAAAUACUCCCAUCAAAGUGUCAACCAUAUAAACAACCGGACAACCGUUCACCAAAAAAAUGGUUAUCAAACGGUAUUCCGCUAAUUGGAAAAGAUAGUAAUUGGGGUUCCGAUUUAGAACAUUUAGGUUCACCAUUUGGUAUAUUUGUUGAUAAACAUAAAAAUGCGAUUUAUGUAGCUGAUAGCGAUAAUUCACGUGUACAAAAAUAUGAUUUAAUAACUAAAGUAACAACAACUGUUGCUGGUCUCACUGGUAGUAAAGGUUCUAACUCAAAUCAAUUACAGUUACCACGUUCAGUCUAUGUUGAUCGUGAUGAAAAUAUAUAUAUAGCGGACACUGAUAAUAAUCGUAUACAAUUAUGGUUAAAAGGUGCACGUGAAGGUAUUACCGUUGCCGGUGGUAAUGGUAAAGGUAAAAAUCUAAAUCAAAUUGGUGCUUGUCAAUAUAUAUGGGUAGAUGAAUCAGAGAACAAUACCAUUUAUAUAUCAGAUUUUUAUAAUGAUCGUGUUGUAAAAUGGAUUCCAUUUGCAGAAACGAGUACAGUUGUUGCUGGAGGUCAUGGAAGCGGUAAAAAAUCCAAUCAAUUAUCAUUGCCACGUGGUAUUUAUUUAGAUAAAUGUAAGAAUUUAUAUAUUGCUGAUUUAUUUAAUCACCGUAUACAAUUAUGGAUGAAAGAUUCCGAGGACGGUAUUACUGUUGCUGGUGGCAAUGGACAAGGUAAUGCUAGGAAUCAGUUAUAUGAUCCAUGGGAUGUUAAAGUAGACGAGUAUGGAAAUGUGUUUGUAGCUGAUGCAACAAAUAAACGUAUACAAAAAUGGGAACCAAAUGCUUCAGAAGGUGAAACUGUUGUUGGCGGCAAAGGUUGGGGUUCAGACGCCAAUCAAUUCAAGGAGCCUGUCAGUUUAGAUUUCGAUAGUGAAGGAAAUUUGUAUAUUAGUGAUUUUCGAAAUCAUAGGAUACAAAGAUUUCAGAUUGAUAAAACAGCUGUUGAUGUUUAA